CAUGAUGCAUCGCGUCGUCAACGGCUUCAGUCAUUCAAGCUGCUUGGCUCUGGUGUUGUGAGAGCGUCCGAUCGGUUAGGCCAUCUGGGCUCGGGUAACCUGCGUCCCGAACCGGACUGGACCCCGAACGGAGGAUUUUAACUUAGUCACUUUGAGACGAUCAUUAUCCUUCCAUGUUUCAGGAAUCGCCGGCCAUUGACGGGAAGCGAGCUUUUGGGCGGCAUAUGCGUUGCUGUCAGCAGAGAUAGUACAGCAGAAACCAUUCAACAUACAAACUGCAAGCGUAAUUCACCGAUUGAUCACAGUGUUGUUACGUUCGAGGCGACUUCAUGGAUUUAGAGACCGGAAGGAAUGAACUAGGGGCGAUGGGAGACUCGCUUCAGCCGCAGACCCCCAGCCGCCACGAGAAAAGUCUCGGGCUCCUCACGACCAAAUUUGUGACUCUCCUGCAGGAAGCAAAAGACGGAGUACUGGACCUAAAAGCUGCUGCAGAUACUUUGGCUGUAAGGCAGAAACGGCGCAUCUACGACAUCACAAAUGUUUUGGAAGGGAUUGGACUUAUUGAGAAGAAAUCAAAAAACAGCAUCCAGUGGAAGGGUGUUGGUCCGGGUUGCAACACACGUGAAAUUGCAGACAAGCUGAUAGAUCUCAAGUUGGAAUUGGAGGAUCUUGAUCGGAGGGAACAUGAACUGGACCAGCAGAGAGUUUGGGUUCAACAGAGCAUCAAGAACGUGACGGACGACUCGCAGAAUAGCCCUCUGGCGUAUGUGACACAUCAAGACCUCUGCAAUUGCUUUAAAGGUGACACUCUUCUAGCAAUCAGAGCUCCCUCAGGAACACAGCUAGAAGUGCCAGUGCCUGAAUCUCAUGUGAAUGGACAGAAGAAAUAUCAGAUUCAUCUAAAAAGUUCUGCAGGCCCCAUCGAGGUCCUCCUUGUUAAUAAAGACCCAUCCAGCUCCUCUCCAGUGGUGCUGCCGGUUCCCCCACCAGACGACAUGCUUCAGAGCCUCUCUGCCCCAGCUUCAGCUACCUCUACUGCUGACCCCCCUCUCAAACCCACAGCUAAAAGUACAGAAUCGCCUGCGUCCACCUGUCAGAGUCCCUCCACCACCACCGUCCCUCCAACCACGACCACUGCCUCUUCUGCAGGUGUAGCCGCAGACAUCGCAAGCACCCCGACGUCAGAUACAACAGCCAAUCCGAUAUCUUCAGUGGGCACCCAGCAGCUGCAGUCAUCUGCCUCAUUGGACAGCAGCUCUUCACUUCCUGAUUCCUCAUCUCUUUUUGAACCAAUCAAACCUGACACUUCAGACUUGCUGGACUUUCCCAAAGAGCUUUCAGAAAUGUUUGACCCUAAAGAAAUCAUGAGUACAGAUUUGCUUGAAGAGCUGAUGUCAUCUGAAGUUUUUUCUCCACUCCUUCGUCUGUCUCCACCUCCGGGUGAUCAUGACUACAUCUAUAACCUGGAUGAGACUGAGGGCCUCUGUGACCUUUUUGAUGUUCCCAUUGCCAACCUUUGACCUCCAAAAACAGCACAUGUUAAAAAAUGAGUAGUGUACCGAAAAACUUUAACGCUUUUCAAAGGAGAUAAAGAAAAGUAUGGCUCUAUUACAGAUCCAUAUGUAUGAUAAGCUGAUUCUGUGUGUAUAUAUAGGUUUUUUAUAUAUGUAUAUUUACUCCUCACCCAAAGUGGUUGACUGAAAAGGAGCUUUCCCUGCUAAAUUCAACCGAUAUAUGAAGCUUUAUUGGUGCCCACUUCACUUAACUGAUGAAGAGAUCAGACGUACAAAGCAAACGCUUUGGUUAACCGUGUAUAUUAGUCCCUUGUUUCAUUAAAGUGACUGCAGGGUCAUUGUUUUAUAUAACUUUUGUAUAGAUACAAAGGGGAUUUUUGUUGCAAAAAUAAGACAAACCUCACCAGCAGUGGUUGGUUAGUGGUUCAAAGAAAAAAGCAGCCAGACUACCAGUUUUAUAUAUAUAUUGUCUUCCUGUUAGUAGCAUCUUUUCUCAGAACGCACCACCCUUUUAUCAAGCAGUGAUAUCUUUACUGAUCUUUCAUAUAGAUAAACCAAACCAUAAAUUUGUUGGCAACCAUCAUCAUUAUGUUUUUGAACAAAGCAUGCUUCUAAUGUCAAGACUUUGAAGAGAUCAGGCUGAUUUCAUUUUGCAGCAAAUGACCAUGAUAAAGUUACACUAAUAACUAAAGAGGCUGCGAGUGUAGUGGAAAGAUUGUAAGGUCAGCGUAGCCUACUGUUUGAAAUCUUUACAGCCUGGUGCUAUAUAGCAUAAUAUAUUUACUAGUUUCAAGCUCUUCAGACAAAAUGUGAAGGAACCUACUCAAGUGUUGCAUAAACCAUUCCUACUUUCUUUUUACUCAUCAGCUCUGUCGCAGUCUGAUCGGACUCAAACCAUUGUUAGCUUACAGUGUUUGUAAUGCAUUUCUCAACGCAUGCCCUAUUUUCUCAACAUGUAUCAAGAGUUGUAUUUAGAUUGUUGUAUUGCUUAUGAAUUUAACUUUGUUUUUAAUUGCAAAACCACUGUGGAAAGGUCAUGACUAAAGCCCUGUAUAAAUGUUAAAUCGAAUGCCAAUUAUUGCUAUUUUUGUAUUUCGAAACAUAAUCCCUCUGUGUGUUUCACAUCAUAGAGUACAUAUCUGUCCUAACCUCAACCUGUUUAUGUAUGUGUGUAGAUACUUUUAAAGGUAUUAAGUAUGUCUGUAUAUGAGAAUAACUGUCUAAAUAAGAAUGUGGGUUUGGGGGUCAUUAAAGAGCAGUCACAUGAUAGCAAGAAAUGGAGUAUCGACAUGUGUUUAGGAUUGUGUUGUCAAACGUGCAUACCUAACUUUGUUGGUACCAAUUGAUUGCAAACAGAUUGUCAUUUUUUGCUUUCUUCUCGUUACUGCUGAAUGAUAUUUUUAGGCUUGUACCAUUUAUUUUUGUACUCAAUAGAUCUCCCAAGUUAUCUGGUUUCAAAUAAUCUACAUUUGCUUUCUAACCUAUUUCCACAUUGCACUUUAAAACGGGUAAUAUUCAACCCUUUAAGGUAAUUAGAUAUACCGAUUAACUUUACAAUAUCCAGGGAAUUCAUUUAAUAUUUGUGCAAAGUAUAAUAAUCAUUGUUCGCAACCGAAAUAACAUCCCCAUCAAAUAAAGUUUUUCUACUUAUGUA